GAGAUGAGAUGGAGACAAAGGAAGGAUAGAAAGCGAGUCAACUCGUCCACGGCUGCUUGUUCCAAGGUCUAAAAUUAUUUUUUCGGUUUUUUGGCUCCUCUAGUCUUUGCAGCAGAGCGAAAACCCAAAAAGAAUCACUCCUAAAUCCUAAUAUUUCUCUUUCGUGCCACCAAUCAUAGGCACUGUGGUAGGUGAUAUUUUUUGCUCCGGUUAACUUCCUUAUUAAUAAUUUAUGUACGUAUAGGUGGAUUUUGGGGUUUAUUUACAAGUUGGGUUCCUAUUUUCUGUCAUCAAGAGCAAGAAAAUCUGUGAUUGAUACACAGGAUCCGUAUAGGUUGAUUUUGGGGUUUAUUUACAAUUUGGGUUCCUAUUUUCUUCCUCAAAAGCGAGGAAAUUUGUGAUUGAUACACAGGAUCUGUGUUGUGUUCAUGAGAGCUAGCUGGGUCUGCGUUGAUCUUAGUCUCUGUGAGGCGUGAGGUGGGUUUUUUGGAUUUCAGGAAGGAAUUGGUUUGAGGUCUGUGUUUGAAUGGGAGCUUGCUACAGCGGUGGCAUCAAGGCCGUGAGUCCUUUCCAUACUGGGUUUAGUUCAAAAAACCCUAGCAGAGAUGUUGUUAGAUAUUUGAGUCAUUCAAGCAGCAAAGCCUCAUCAGGUUCCAUACCUCAGACUCCUCGGAGUGAGGGUGAGUUAUUACAGUCCCUAAAUUUGAAGAAUUUCAGCUUCAGUGAGCUGAAGACGGCCACCAGAAACUUUCGCCCUGAUAGUGUAUUAGGAGAAGGUGGCUUUGGUUCAGUUUUCAAAGGAUGGAUUGAUCAGCAUUCACUUACUGCUGCUAAGCCUGGGACUGGUAUGGUGAUUGCCGUGAAGAGGCUCAACCAAGAAGGAUUUCAGGGUCACAAGGAAUGGCUGGCAGAGAUAAACUAUCUUGGGCAAUUAUAUCAUCCUAAUCUUGUAAAGUUGAUUGGUUACUGCUUAGAGGAUGAGCAUCGGCUUCUUGUUUAUGAGUUCAUGCCUCGGGGCAGCAUGGAGAAUCAUCUCUUUAGAAGAGGCCCUUACUACCAGCCACUCUCUUGGAACCUCCGAAUAAAAAUUGCUCUUGGUGCUGCUAGGGGGCUUGCUUUUCUUCACAGUGCUGAAGCUAAGGUCAUUUAUAGAGACUUCAAGACUUCUAAUAUUCUGCUCGAUGCGAAGUACAAUGCAAAACUUUCUGAUUUUGGGUUGGCCAGGGAUGGGCCAACUGGCGAUAAGAGCCAUGUCUCUACUAGGGUAAUGGGAACUUAUGGAUAUGCUGCUCCAGAAUAUCUGGCCACAGGUCAUUUGACUGCCAAGAGUGAUGUAUACAGCUUUGGGGUUGUUCUCCUUGAAUUGAUAUGCGGCAAACGAGCUAUAGACAAGAACCGGCCAUCUGGACAGCACAACCUGGUGGAAUGGGCAACACCAUACCUGACAAACAAACGUAGACUGCUUCAUGUUAUAGAUGCCGGUCUUGAGGGCCAGUACUCUCUCACUCAGGCACAGAAGGUGGCAACCCUUGCACUUCUAUGUCUAGCCAUAGAACCCAAGUCCAGGCCAAACAUGGAUGAGGUGGUUAGAGAGUUGGAACAGCUUCAGGAACCAAAGGAUGUAACGAAAUCGCCAAAACCUCCUUCAAAAGAGCGUCGUUUGACUGGCCAUGGCCUUUCUAGUGAUGGGCGAACUGCUUAUCCCCGGCCUUCAGCAUCCCCACAUUAUGCUUAGAAGAGAAUUAUCUCCACAAAUAAUUUUGUUUCUCAAUUUACAGCCAUAUUCAGCAGGAUUGUGGACCAAUUAAGCAUAUGGGCAUGUACCGCAAUACCGUUUUGUCCAAGGAAUGUACAGUUUUCCCCCCCCUCCUUUUUGGGUAUAAUUUCUCUAAAGCCUGCUUUGAAGUGUUUUUUUUUUUUUGUUGAACCUUGAUGAGUCGUGGAGCAGACCAAACAUUAAGCUGGUUGUUGCCAAAUAUUUGUUAUUGAAAGCAUCACAGAAAAUGUAA